CCAUCAUCCAAGUAGCCACCCACCAUGGCAGAUGCAGACGAGGAUGCGAUUCGCCUCCCUUCCUCCCAGGACUCGGUUCAUAUCGAGACCGACCUUUCGGAUGAGACACAGGAUUUUCGCUUCCUAAAUAAUCUUUCACUCUUCUCAGAUCAAUCCCAGGCGACUCUCCCCAGACGAGGCGAAAAGGACUUCGAGCCCAAUCCGACCCUCUAUCAGGCCGAUAUUCUCGCUGCUUCUAGGCAGGCUAUGCAUAAUGCGCUGGCGUAUCCGCGUCUGCAUCAUCCCAGAAACAAGGUUGUGGGGUACUAUGCGCCUGAGGGGCCUGCGCCUCCGCGUUCAUAUUCUUCAAAUAACAAAGCCACGGGAGAAGCUGUUGAUGGCGAUCAAGCCUCAAAAAAUGCAGACGCUUCAGAGAAGCUUGCAAAGCCCGAACCAACAGCGGGAGCAGGGAUCGGCGUGUCUCCGCAUGCAUGUAUCUAUGUGACCAGUCCCAAGGGUCAAUAUUUCAGGACAAUGGGCCGCGGAGACCGUUGGAAUAGGAUAUGGUUGCUUCCUGAGGAAGCACUGUAUCUUCUUGAACGUGGCAGUCUGGAUAUCAGGUGGCCUUCUCCUUUAACCGGGGACUCUGAGGAAAAUGGCAAUGAAGAGCAAGACGAGUCUGAGCUUCUUCCAAUGAGCCUGCAGGCAGCAUAUACCUGCUUGAUGGGAAGGGGCGGACUGACAUUGGAGAGGUACUUGGUCUACACUGGGUUAAGGCGGUUGGGCUAUACGCUUAUUCGGGCUCCGAGUUGGGACGAGACCAGUGAUGGAACAGCAGAGGGGGACUCAUCUGUGGCUUCUGGGAGUAUGAAUGCGCAACAACCGCAAACACUCGGCCUAUUUGGCUUGCUCGGACGUCUGUUCCAAUGGAUACGCGAUUCAGACUCGACAGCCUCCACAGCGGCAGGUCCGGUGGUCGGCCUGGGUAUUCAUCGCAGCUAUAACGACAUAUAUCGCAAACUCUCCAUGAUCCCUUAUUAUGAUCCAGCCGCUAUCCCCGACUCCCCAACCCGACAUACCACACCUCCCUUCCGCAUCGCGUUUCACGUAUACAAACCCUCAACUCCCUUUCGCAAAACCGCACCGCCCGCUCCCGAUUUCCGCAUCGCAGUAGUCAAUUGUCGCACGCAGACCAGUAUUCCUACCGCAUCCCAGCUCGGCGCUCUACUCGAAAGCACCCCCUUGGACCCGCCACGAGGUGAGAAAAUGGACCGAAUGCUCUACAUGCGUCUACGACACGGGUACAGGAACGUCAUCUUGGCGGUCGUGGACCAGGGUGUUGUGAGCUAUCUUCGGAUCGCGGAUGCAGCGUUUGGGAAAGAGAAGAUAUACGAACACAAGACCGGGCCGACAUCGAAAUCCUCAAGAAGGGGGGGACCGUCACGGUAUAAGACGAAUGGACGAUGA